UAAAUCAACAUGAAUGCUGUCAGCCAAGCCUCCCCAGAGGCAGUACUGCCUAAGCACAUUCUGGACAUCUGGGUCAUUGUCCUCAUUAUCCUGGCCACUAUCGUGAUCAUGACUUCCUUGGUGCUGUGCCCGGCCACGGCUGUCAUCAUUUAUCGAAUUCGGACUCAUCUCAUACUCAAUCAGGACUUUUGAAGCUGCUAGAUGCUGGGGAUGGGUGGGAUCCUAGACUGGACUUUUGAUGCCUGAAAAUGUCCCAGAAAACUUCCCCUCUGAUGAGAUGAUGAGAGCCUUUUCGUUAUGGAAAAUGGUUUGAAGCUACUAAAUGGAACUAGAUCUUGUCCAUGAAAAUGCCUUUUAUGAUGCAUGUCUCCGUAAGCACUAACAACAGUGUUGGAGGAAGGAAGCUUUUCUGGCAGGGCUGGUCUCCUUCUGUCAAGCAGACUGGGCCCAGUUUCAGGAUGUACAAGAUAUAAGGUGGAGUCUCCCAGGGCUGAAACUUCUGGAAAUUGGAGAUGCUUCAAGAGCAGGGACAGGGAUGAUCAAGCAGUUACACUUCCUUCUUCUUACAUCCCUUUAAAAGUAUAAAUUCCUCCAAUCACCAACAAAGUGAUUCCCUGUUCUGGGAAGCCCCCUACCAAGUUUUCUAUCAUGUUAAAUUCCUGGUUGGAUGUUGUUCUUAGUUGGUUGUAAAUUAGCUAAAGUCCUAGCUCAUAGUUUUAAGUCCCUUUGCUUUUUAGUACAUUUAAAUUUUAAUAAAAUACUAUUUAUAGUAUUUUAAUAAAAUGCUAUAUACUCAUAUUGCCCAAAGAAA